AUAAAUCCAACAUUUCCAGCUCAACAAUUUCCCACCAAUUCAAUCUGUGUACGAUUUAAUAAUUUUUUUUGAAAAAAUUAAUAAUUCAGAGUUCUAUCAUGGCUGCAUCUAUCUCAGCCCCUUCAAUGAUCAUAGAAGAGGAAGCGAGAUUCGAAUCGGAAGUGGCGGAGGUGCAAUCGUGGUGGAAUUCGGAGCGGUUCCGGCUAACGCGCCGCCCUUACUCCGCCCGGGACGUGGUGGCGCUCCGCGGCAACCUCCGCCAGAGCUACGCCUCCGGCGAGCUGGCGAAGAAGCUAUGGCGAACUCUCAAAACUCACCAAGCUAAUGGCACCGCUUCUAGAACAUUCGGUUCACUAGACCCGGUUCAGGUGACUUUGAUGGCAAAGCACCUCGACACGAUUUACGUGUCGGGGUGGCAGUGCUCGUCCACCCACACUAGCACGAACGAGCCGGGCCCGGACCUCGCCGACUACCCGUACGACACGGUUCCGAACAAAGUGGAGCACCUCUUCUUCGCGCAGCAGUACCACGACCGGAAGCAGCGGGAGGCCCGGAUGAACAUGAGCCGCGAGGAGCGGGCCCGGACCCCGUUCGUCGACUACCUCAAGCCGAUCAUUGCUGAUGGCGACACCGGUUUCGGGGGCGCCACCGCCACGGUGAAGCUGUGCAAGCUGUUUGUCGAGCGGGGGGCCGCCGGGGUGCACAUCGAGGACCAGUCGUCGGUGACGAAGAAGUGCGGCCACAUGGCCGGGAAGGUGCUGGUGGCGGUGAGCGAGCACAUCAACCGGCUGGUGGCGGCGAGGUUGCAGUUCGACGUGAUGGGGGUGGAGACGGUGCUCGUGGCCCGUACGGACGCCGUGGCAGCGACGUUGAUCCAAACCAAUGUGGACACGAGGGAUCAUCAGUUUAUCUUGGGGGUGACUAAUCCGGCCCUCAAAGGGAAGGCGUUGGCAACGGUUAUAUCGGACGCGAUGGCGGCCGGGAAGACAGGGCCGGAGCUGCAGGCUAUUGAGGAUAAGUGGCUUGCGAUGGCGAAGUUGAAGACAUUUUCGGAUUGCGUUGUGGAUGUGAUCAACGGGAUGAAUAUUGGCCAGGCCGAGAAGCAGAGGAAAUUGAACGAGUGGAUGAACCAAUCUAGUUUUGACAAGUGUAUCUCCAAUGAGCAGGGCCGCGAAAUCGCGGCCCGCCUCGGCCUGGGGAACCUUUUCUGGGACUGGGAUUUGCCCAGAACUAGAGAGGGGUUCUAUAGGUUUAAGGGCUCAGUCCACGCGGCCAUUGUCCGGGGCUGGGCCUUUGCUGAGCACGCGGAUCUAAUCUGGAUGGAAACAUCCAGUCCCGAUUUGAUUGAGUGCACAGAGUUUGCACAUGGGGUGAAGGCGAGGAAGCCGGAGACAAUGCUGGCAUACAAUUUGUCCCCGUCUUUCAAUUGGGAUGCAUCUGGGAUGACGGACAAUCAAAUGGUGGACUUCAUCCCGAAAAUUGCCAAGCUAGGGUACUGCUGGCAAUUCAUAACUCUGGCCGGCUUCCACGCCAAUGCCCUAAUCAUUGACACCUUCGCUAAGGAUUUCGCCCACCGGGGCAUGUUGGCCUAUGUUGAGAAAAUUCAAAGGGAGGAGAGGAAUCACGGGGUCGACACUCUGGCUCAUCAAAAGUGGUCCGGAGCAAACUACUAUGAUAGGGUGCUCCGGACCGUGCAGGGAGGGAUUACCUCGACUGCGGCCAUGGGAAAAGGAGUGACGGAGGAGCAAUUCCAAGAGACGUGGACUAGGUCUGGAGCGACCGGUGUCUCGAAUGAUAGCAGUACCGUAAUAGCAAAAUCGAGGAUGUAAGGAUGCAAAGGGACGAUGGUGGUGUUUGCUUUCCGAUUUCGUGAUAUGAUUUAUAUUAUUGGUUAAGAGGCAGAUUUUGGGCCCUAAUAUAUUUAAUAGUAUGGAUGAUGAUAUAAUAUUUCAUAUUUGUAUGUUUAUCAACAUUUCUACAAGGGAGGAAAAUAUAUGUUGGGUUCUUUCCUUAA